AUGGUUGCGGAUGACCCCCGCAAUGCUGCGAGGCUUUUUCGGCCAGUCCUCACACAGCAGCACGCACACUUUUGUGGCCGCCAACUACCUUGGGGCGGACCUGAUAAGGAACAACGGACACACGAUCCUCUGCUUCCUUCAAUCUCGACACCAAGAGCACCGCCUUGGUCUACGGCAAUUUCCUUUGGGACUGCCAUAUGGUGGGACAUCUUUGAUGUCCAACACUGGGCCCUGUCAUCUUGUUGGCAGUGGCUCCAGUAUUUUCUAAUCGGAUGCGCACAAUGUGGAGCAUCCCUCUCCCUGCCCUUCUUCCUCAUUGUUGCGAUUGUGGAGCUGAUCGUCUUGGGGGCCCAGAUGGUAUGGUCACGUCCCUUCGCGACCCAGCAGGGAGGAAAGUGUUCCAGUUUCAGGACAAAGUGGGUAUACUUUGUCUGUCCUCUGGCCAUGUGUGCCUGCACGGCACAUGCGGUCACUCCAGAAAGGCCACAUGGGCAGGUCUGGUGGACGGCCCGCCUCCCGCCCCCAACGGACCUGGAACUUUGGUGCAGUGGUCAGUUGACGGUGUCGGAGCAGCUCGCACUAGCACUUCAGCGAGCGAUUGGCGAGCGCCCCCUUGAAAGCCAGGCGCUUUGGCCAGACAACAUUGGGAGAGAAGGACCCCAACCAGUGCCACCACCUCCUCCGCAGAGGGAAAUUGCCCAGGAAGAGCCCGACCCGUGGCUCAUCGAUGAGGACGAGGAGGAUACCACCCACAUCUCCUUCCGCCUCUUCUCGCCCCACUUCGAGUCGGAGUCUAUCGACAUCUCGUUGACCUUCCCACUUGUGGCUGAGGAUGUCCUCGACUUCCUCAAGGACACGGCCCGAGUCAUUACAGCCCCCUGGCUCACAACGGCGGCCUUUACGCAGCCCCAGCUGCACAAUGACUACGGCAGUGUUGUCAUCUUUCCAAGCUGGCUGAGGGUUUCUCCGCAAACGGUGUUGGUCCUCGAUGCGAGCGAGAUUGGACAGGGCCAGUUCGCCUUCUACCACAAAGGCGACCUCACCAGGGCCCAAGUCCUCCAGCAACUUGAGGCGAUCCCUGAGUUUGCGAUCGAGAUCUUUGCAUUUGGACGCCGAACCCCGAUGACGGAGACAGAAGCCCUUGAGCCUGUCCUGGCUGGUUUGAUCAAGGUUGUCAGGACAGGGGCGCCGGUACAAUGGGCCUCUAGUAUCGAGCCCAGACUCGCACUACGAGCAAAUUGGGACCCGGACACCCCACACCCCGACCAUGUGGGAGGGUCUCAUAUCGCUUUCCAGACCUCUACGGACCAGAAGCUCCACCGGGUCUUCCACGAUGACCUCUUCACCCCCCUCGGCGUUGCGAGCGAGAUCUUCGACAGGGAGCAGCAGCAAAUCUGGGUCCGAGCCCCUACGAUUCGGCCUGUUGGUCUCUACUGGAAGGGAAGACGGGUACACUCCGUCAUUGCUGUGGUUGAUGCCUUUGAACACCCUCCCAUCGACUCCUACAUCGUGACUCUAGAUCUGCGAGGAGUUGGACUAUGGCCGAUUUGGGUAGCCCUCCAGCAAAACUGCUUCUUCCCGGGCGACGUCGUUGAGGCACUCGACAUCCACUUCUGCCAGGGCUUCUCCUUGGUUGUUACGGGAGGGCGAAAAGGCCGUACCCCGGGCCUGCUCUACAUUCAGGACGGCGACCUCCUCGAAGCUUCGUUGCGUGCAACAGCUGACAUCACGCCAACCCAGCAUGAAGGAGGAGAGAGUGAAGAUGAUGAUGAGGAGUCGGACAAUGGUGACACAGACUCAACCCGGGACAUGCUCCCAUCGUCUGAUGAGCUGCCAGACGCGCCCUUUCCGACGGGCCCGGGUCCUUUUGGCCCCCCACCACCACAGCCAGUAAAUCGUGACCGAAGCAGAUCCCCAGCGAGAGGUCAUCCCGCCUCCCGGGUGCAACCCGAGAUCAUCUCCCUCAUCGACCACUUCCCCAAAAGAGACGUUGAGCGCUACAGUCUCUCCGCCAAUGCGAUUACGCUCCCCCAGGCGGACUUCAACCCCAUGGUGAUCUAUCGGCCGUGGCCUCCGACAUGGCUGCGAUUUGAGACGUCCUGCCUGAACGUCCCCCUCUGCACACAGGCCGCACUGCAGACCUUCUGGCCGUGGACGGCUGUGCUCUCUCUUUGUGCAAGCCAUGGACCCCCCCAUCUUCGGCUGUACACGGAUGGCUCCUGGCUUGAAAAAGCAGGCCUUGGUGGCUUUUCGGUCGUCGUCGUGCUGGAAGUGCAGAGUAAGUGUGCACUCUUUGGGGCGGUCUGCGCUCAGACGCAUGGGAACGCUGUUUCCCCAUGGCCACAAGCUGGCCCCCAGGCCCUGCGCAAUGAGCAAUUUGCUUUGGCUAGUGCUAUGCUCUGGGUUUUCCAGUCCUUGCCCUGGAUUGUCUUCGCGUCGAUCACCUUCUGCUACGACUGUCUAGCUGCUGGCAUGGCAGCUUGUGGGGAGUGGGCCCCUGACUGCGAGAUGAUGCAGCGAAUACGCCACCUGCAGCUCUGGCUUAUUCAGGUUGCAGGAGCACCCGUGGCCUUUGAGCACGUCAAGGCGCACAGCAACCACCCUAUGAAUGAGCUCGCUGACUGUAUCGCUAAGGGGCAGCAAGCGGUGACCUCUCAGGACUAG